AUGGAAAAUUAUCACAUUUUGCAUUUAAUAGGUGAAGGCUCUUUUGGAAAGGUUUAUAAGGGUAGACUAAAAAAGAGUAAUUAAAUCGCUGCUCUAAAAUUUAUUAGUAAGAGAGGAAAGUCAGAAAAAGAUUUGGCAAAUUUGAGAUAGGAAAUUGAAAUAUUAAGGAGAUUGAAGCAUGAAAAUAUCAUAUUAUUACUAGAUGCAUUUGAAACAGCAGGUGAAUUUUGUUUAGUAACAGAAGUAAUCUUUUUGAUAGAAUAUUGUUUAGUUUGGACAAGGAGUAUUAUUUGAAAUUUUGGAGGAUGAUCGUAAAAUACCAGAGAGUGAAGUUAGAAAUAUAGCUUAAUAAUUAGUAAGAGCAUUACAUUACUUGCAUUCAAAUAGAAUCAUUCAUAGAGAUAUGAAACCAUAAAACAUAUUAAUUUCUGCUGAUGGAGUAGUCAAAUUAAUAGAUUUUGGUUUUGCCAGGGCAAUGUCAACAAACACUUAAGUUCUUCAUUCAAUCAAAGGAACUCCUCUUUAUAUGGCACCAGAAUUAGUUUAAGAAUAGCCAUAUGAUCAUACAGUUGAUUUAUGGUCUUUGGGAGUUAUUCUUUAUGAAUUAUUUGUUGGAUAACCUCCAUUUUACACAAAUCAAAUAUAUUCUCUAAUUCAGCUCAUUAUCAAAGAUCCAGUAAAAUAUCCAGAUAACAUGAGUCCAGAAUUCAUGAGUUUUUUAAAAGGUCUACUCAAUAAGACUCCUUCUGAAAGGUUGGGUUGGCCAGAUUUAUUGAAUCAUCCCUUUAUAGCAGAAACUGAUUAAGAAAAAUGUGAGAGAAAAAAAAGAUUGAAGCAAUAUAACUAGUGGGCUGGGGUAGAAGAUGAAAUUAUAGAUAAAAGAAAAAGAUCAUUAACUCCAACUCGUGAGAUUGUUGCUUAUGAUUAAAUUAAAGAUAAUCGUGAUGUUUCUCCAAAAAGAAUGCCAUGUAAUGAUGAAUUUUGGAUGAGAUACGAAUAAAUUGCUAAUGAUGUUUAAGGUGCUACUUAAUUGAGAUGUGAUCCAGGCUUCUUGGAUAAAUUAUUAUAAGUCUUAUCUCCACCAAAAAAGCCUUCUUUAUCAACUGCUUUAAAGGUUUUUGGAUUAGUUAUUACUAAAGGAAAUCAAUAAGAAGGUUUGGAUGUUGUUAAAAAUUAACAAAUUCCUAUUUAAUUGAUUACUCAUGUCAAAAAUACUUUAAAAUAAGGUACUUUAGAAUUGUUAUCGGAUUUUAUUAAGACUAUUGGAUUAUUGGCUUAAGCCACCUUUGAUAAAAACAUAGGAAUAGACAAUGUAUUUAUUAAAUUUCUUGGACUUACUGCCUAAAUAUUAAAGGUUGGUUAGAAUAAUGAAUUAAUUAAUACAAUUAAAACAAUAGGACUUUUUGCCAAUUAAGCAAGUCUAAAUUCAGUUAGAUCAGUUUUAUUCUAUAAAGAACUUGUAGAACAUAAUUUGGUAGGUGAAAUUGCAAAGUUAACUAGAAAUAAUUUAAUUCUUCAUAAAUUAGCAACUUAGGUUAUUAGUGUAUUGAUUCAUCCAAUAAAUGGAGAAAUAUUUUAUUUUCCUUGGAAAAAAGGUUAUUCAAAUUAAGUGUAAAAUUUCAAUGAAGCUUUACCAUUAUUUGAAUCCUUAAAAUUUUAAAUUGUUUAAUCUUUUUCAGAUAUAGAUCAUCUAAAACUUUGGAAUUAAUAAGAUGAAUAAUAAAAUUUAAUUAAAAUUUCAAUUUUGAGAAUUCUACUUUAAAUGAUUAGAAUAAAGAAGGAUAUUUAAAUUCCAAAAGAAAUCAUACAUUAAUCUCUAAAUUCAGAAGAGUCUUUAUUUUAAGGAACUGCUAUGUUAAUUUUAGUUUAAUAGUACAAAAAUAAAAACAUUGAAUAUUAAAUCAAUUUUUCUUAAAUAAUAAACAUUUUUGAGAAUAAUAUUCAAAUAAAUCCUAUAGUUUCCUUAUCAGCAAUUUAAUUAAUUGCUGAAUUAUUAUAAUCUGAAAGUAGUUUUAUUCAUUAAUUACUUAACUAUUUUACACAAUAACAACCAUAUAAAUUACUUUUUGAGUUGGUUAAUCCUAAUAAAAAAAGUAAUAGAUCUGAAGAUAUUCGAAAAUUAGAAGGUAGUUGUUUUGGCAUUCCAAAUUAUGGUUUUUUAGAUGGAAUAAUAACAUUAAUAUCUAAAUUAUUGUUUCGUUAUCAUAAAGAAUAAAAGAAAUUAAUAGAUUUAUUCGUAUUAUUAGAAAAGUAUGAAAUCCAUCAACUUUUAUAUUAAAUUUUCUCAAACAUAAUAAGUAGAAAUGAUGUUUCUCCAAAAGGAUUUGUUUUUUUAUUAAUACUAAUUCAUGAUUCUAUAUAUUCUAACUUUAAAGCACUUGGGUAAUUAAUGUUUUAAGAUACUACAAUUAAAAGUUUGUGCUUAUUUUUGAAAGACAGUCAAUUAUAAAACAUAUAGGAAUGGCCUUCCUCACAUGGUGGUGGUUUAGGUUGUGUUAAUAAAAUUGGUGAAUAAAUUAUAAAAAUAUUUAUUUUGGCCUUGUAAGAACAAAAUAACCAUCAUAUUUAUAAAGAACUAAGCAAUUAAGAUAUAGUGGCUCUAACAUUAAACUUGAUUAAGCACUCUUAAAAAGAACAAAUCUCUUAAUUGUUUUGUUUUAUUUCAAAAUUAGUAUGGAAUAAUGAAGAGGAUAAGUAAUUUGCAUAAAGUUUUAUUUAAAAUAAUGGAUUAGCCAUUUUAUAAAAGUAUGGAGUGUUAAAUGUUGAUUCAAUUAAUAUCUUAUCACAAUUAGGCAGAAUAAGCAUGGAUUAUUAUCCAAAUAUACAUCAGAUGAAUUUAUAUAAUGAGUUAAAGUAAUUAAUUUAAUCACCUGAUUGUAAUUUAAGAGCUAAAGUAUGCAAUUUAAUAGGAAAUCUUUGUAGACAUUCUUCUUUUUUUUAUGAGCAUUUAUUGAAAUAUGAUUUAAUCAAUCUUUGCAUAAAAUGUUGUUCUGAUCCUGAUAAAAAUACCAGAAAAUUUGCUUGUUUUGCAUUAGGAAAUGCUGGAUUUCAUAGCGAUAGAUUAUAUGAGCAUUUAAGACCAGUUAUACCAUAAUUAGUUGAAUUACUCAAAGAUUAAGAAGUAUUAAAUGAUCUAAACACUACAUUUAGGAAAAAACAAGAUCCAAUGCAGCAGGAGCUCUCGGAAAUUUAGUUAGAAAUUCAAAUAUUCUGAUUAAAGACUUUAUAAAACAUGGAGCUUUAAAUUAGUUAUUAGAAUUAGUGAAAUCUGAUUAAACAACUCGAAUAUCAUUAUUUUCGAUAGGAAAUCUAUGUUAAUAUCCUGAAUGUAAAAGAAAAUUUGAAGAAUUACAAAUCCGAUAAAUCAUAGAACUAUCAUUGGUAUCUUUUUUCAUUUAUUUCAGGCUUCUACUAACGAUUAAUAAAUUUAGAGAUAUGGCAAAAGAGUCUUAAUUAAACUUGAUGAAAAUUGA